AUGAACUAUGACUGCCAAAGGGUUGCUAGCGACAGUGAGGAUGAUCAAGAUGGUUAUGAUAAACAUCCUCGAAAUUUUAGAUCGAUAACUUCUACCUUGCCCUUAAGUGGAACAAAGAGCACAAGGUCAGCGAGCAAGUUCAAAAAGUUUUUCCGCAGAAUAUCUAAAACUCACAAAAGAAAAUGCAAGAGAUAUGGUUUUAUGGAGAGAAUCAGCAAAUGUUCUCAACAACAACAACAGCAGCAGCAGCAACAACAACAACAACAACAUCAAAACCAGCAAGAGCAGCAAUUUACUCAACAGCAACAGCAACAGCAACAGCAACGAAACCAUCAUCAAGAACCACAUUGUGUACAGCUUUACCGUAAGCUGACUCGUCAACUCGAUGCAGCUUUUCUCAACUCGUUAUAUCCUGCCGAUGCCGCGAGCAAAUUCACCAUAAAACAAGAUGUUCUGCUGCCCUCUAUUUCUGCCAAUCUCAAGUUAGAAUUUGAUUCCUCCUCCUCUCUCUCAAUGGAGUCACUAUGCUUGUGUCAAAGAGUAUCGCUCAUCUCUCCAGUUUACUACCACCUACCAAUCUCUCCUUUGCAUUCAAAAUUCAACACUUUUGUAGCACAAUCCCAACCACAGUUGUUACCACAGUUGUUACCGCAGCUAAUACUACCACUACCAUUACCACAACCACAACCACAACCACCACCAUCAUAUAGACUUGAUUAUAUAGAGAGCAUUGAAGAUGGCGAUGUUUUCACGACUUUGAUACUUAAUGAUGCUAUAACAGGGGUUGCAACCACUUUUUGA